GAUAGCUCGACAGGAAUAGUUCCACCAGAGCAUCUACCGAACGGGGUGGAUACAGGCACAGAGUGCCUAGGACAGAAAUUCACAUUGACUUUUAUUGACAGUAACCAAGGGGUUCGCAGACUAAGUGCCGAAAACGCAGCAAAGCACCGACAGGCGAUCUUCACAGAGACGGAACGCCAGUGCAUGACCAAAGAAAUUGUCAAAUCAGUGCCCGAUCACAAUCCCACACGGGCGUUACUCGAUCUUGAAAGAUUCGACCAGUAUUCGGAUGUGACAACGCCGUUCUCGUUUUUCCAUGGUCCUUUCGGGGUCUCGAGGUUAUCUCAGGUCGUUGAAACGGAUGUUCCAGAUCUGGAAAUUCAAGACAGCCCCCCGUCACCUAGAGACUGGCUAGCCGAGCUCGAUGAGAUCAUUGGACAAGAAGAGGAGACCGAUAUCUUCUCUAGUCUUCUUGAUGUCUCAAACGAUAUAUCAUUAGCCGACGAAUCAUGGCUACUCGAAAUGAUUCCACCACCAAUGGAAUCAAUCGAGCUUAUAUCCGACAGUCCCCAGCCACAAAUUACCACACCACCUUCUCUAUUCAAUGAUAACCACGAAGCAUGGACGAUCCUAUCACAUUACAAAGAGCGAAUAGUGCAUUUGAUCUCGCCCCUGGGCCAUGGUCAAGAAUCGGCUUGGCUAAACCUGGUCAUGCCGUAUGCAGUCAAUACACUUGGCGAGCUUACAAUGAGUGGAAGCGCGAACCACGCUCGACUGGCCUUACUGAAUGCACUACUCAGUACGAGUGCUUUUCAUCUAGGCCAGCAUUCCGUUCUGAGAAUCGAUCAUUGGAUCACAGUGGGGAACUCAUAUUUGCGGAAAGCCGAGAGUCACUUUAUACAAUGCGUGGAAGAAAAUCGCAUGUCGGGCAGCAAGAAAAAUAAGUACAAGGAGAUUCUCAUGGCGAUAUUGAGUCUUUCUACCGCCUAUAUGGUAAAAGGCGAUUCAGACAAACGUCGAUCAUGCCUCGUGCAAGCAGAAAAGUUCAUCUCUAUCAACGGAUUCGGAAAGUCAACAAUCUCACAAAAGCGUCGGUCUCUUCAUCAUUGCUACGCAUACAUGCGCAUUAUGGCCGAGACUACAUGCAUUGCCGACGGCUUAAGUGAGAGACUAGCCAACACCAGUCUAUCCCCAGACGAGGACAUACCCAGCACAGAAUUCCGAAUAAGCUCUGACAUUACAUUCUCAGAGAAUAUUUUGGCCCAGGAGAAAGAUCCCAAUGUUGCGCAGCGUGAUCUUCACCUCGCUAUUCCGGGCCGUUGGAGCUUAACGCUGUUCCCGGAGAUGUAUGGCGUUGCAGAGAGUUUUCUCAUGCUUCUGUCACAGGUAAUCCGGUUAGCCAAUGAGCGUGAUUUUUCCAUGCUAUAUCAAACUGCUAGCGGAGGCUUGAACCUCAGGGACUUUUGGUUACGCGCAAAGGCACUAGAGAAGGGGAUCAAUAUCCUUCUGAGAUCGUGCACGACGGAGUCUGCUCCUAAUUACGGGUAUGAGAGUGAAGUGCAAGCUGAUAAUCCAAGAGCACAAGCCAUGUACACGGCUCUGCUUAUCUUCUUCCACCGCCGAAUAUACGACCUUGAUGCUACGAUGCUUCAGAAAGAGGUUACCUCUGUGUGCUCUCUUCUCAUGCAUAUUCAGCAAGAUGAAGCUGGCCGGAGCAGUCACAGUAUGGCUACGUUAAUAUGGCCAGCAUUUAUCGCUGCGUGUGAAGCAGUGGAUCCACAUUCUCAGACAUUCUUCUCGCAGUGGUUCGAUACUUGUUUUACAACAACUGGGCUCGUGAAUGCGUCUGUGGCAAAAUCCAUUUUUGAGAUGAUAUGGGCUAAGAGCCAGGAGAUUGGGCUUAAUAAGGACAUGUGUACUUGGCCAGAAGUGCUGAGAGCGAAGAAGAUAAGGUUGAUGUGUACCUAA